UAUAUUUUAUUUAGGCCAACAUCUUAAACCAGCUAGAAACAUGUCCAAUAUUUCUGCUCCAUUGUUCUUGUGCUUCUUAACUUUUGCACUUGUGAGUGGGCAGGAUAACAAGUUCUACGUGAUCAAGAAAGGAGAUUUCUCCGUCAAGCUCACCAACUAUGGCGCUAGAGUGGCAUCACUCAUCCUUCCUGACAAGAACGGGAAGCUGACAGAUAUUGUUCUUGGGUACGACACGGUCAUGGAGUACGAGCAAGAUGAUGAACCAAAUUUUGGGGCUAUUGUCGGAAGGGUGGCCAACAGGAUCGGUGGGGCUCAGUUCACUCUGAAUGGAAUUCGCUACAAGCUUAAUGCUAACGAUGGAAACAACACACUUCAUGGUGGCAAAAAAGGAUUUAGUAGGGUUACUUGGAAGGUUAAGAAGCACGAGGAAAGUUACAUCACCUUCACUUACUAUAGUCGCGAUGGUGACCAAGGAUUCCCCGGAGACGUAAUCGCCUACGUAACAUAUACGAUAAAGGAAAACCCAUACAAGCUGAUAGUGAAAAUGAAUGCAAAAGCUCUAAACAAGCCCACUCCAGUGAACCUGGCUCAACACAACUACUGGAACCUCGGAGGCCACGACAGCGGCGAUAUAUUAUCGGAAAAGCUUCAGAUAUUCGCAUCCCAUAUCACCCCUGUCGACUCCAACCUCAUUCCCACAGGCCAAAUCCUGCCCAUCAACAACACGGCUUUCGAUUUUCUCCAACCGCGCCAAGUUGGGACCCAACUGGCUAAACUUCCCAAGGGGUCGGGUGGGUUCGACAUCAACUACGCUGUUGACGGCUACGAUGAUGUCGGGGCGAGGAAGAAGAAGACGGUGGCGGAGGUGUACGAUGAGAGGACCGGGAUUGGGAUGGAGAUUAAGGCAACCGCGCCCGGGGUGCAGUUGUAUACGGCUAACCACUUGCAGAAUAUGAAGGGGAAAGGAGGCGCUGUGUAUCAGUCGCAUGCGGCAUUGUGUUUGGAGACUCAGGGAUUCCCAGAUGCGGUGAAUCACCCCAACUUCCCCUCCACCAUUGUUACUCCACAACGGCCCUACAAUCAUACGUUGCACAUUACUUUCAAAGUCCACAAGUUUAAGGCUGUUUAAUUCAAAGUAUCUCACUGUCUACCACUUUGAUCCAAGAGCUCCUAUAUAUGUUUUAUUUCAUUCCCACGUGUUGUUUGCUCUCAUAUUAAAAACAUAAAUAAAUAAUUACAAUUUUAUGUUAUGUGCUUGCAAGUUGCAAUCUGAGUUUAUGUUCUCAUA